UGUAUUUUAGGUUUGUGCUGAUGGCCUCGUCGCUAAAGACCAAAUCAAUAAAAAAAUGUAAAAUCGACAUCAAGCAAAACAAGAUUUCAAUUUCCAUUUUGAAAAAACAAAAAUAAAUUGAACAAACAAACUGGAGUAAACUGAUAUUGGAUUUAUAAUGAGUGUUAAAGUAGAAACUAUUUCUCCCGGUGACUGCAAUAUCUACCCCAAACCUGGACAAACUGUUGUAGUUCAUUACACAGGAACACUAGAAAAUGGGAAAAAGUUCGACUCAUCCAGAGAUCGUGGUCAACCUUUUAAAUUUACUUUGGGAAAAGGCGACGUAAUCAAGGGUUGGGAUCAAGGAAUUGCAACAAUGUCUGUGGGUGAGAGAUCAAGACUUAUAUGCCCACCUGAGCUGGCAUAUGGAUCACGAGGCCAUCCCGGUGUCAUUCCACCAAAUGCAACAUUGAUUUUUGAUGUAGAACUUUUGCAAGUUGAAUAAGUGCCUCUAACAACCUUUAAAAUAUUGUUAAUGUCCUCACAGUACUUCAGUUCGACACAGUAUUGUAUUUAUUGUUAUACAUAAAGCUUGUUUUGUUUGCAAUCUGUUGCUACAAUAAUUGUAUGAUCAAAUAGCAAGAAACUAGUAACUACAAUAAUUUAAUCAGGAUAGAAAAUAAUAAGAGGUAAUGAAGUUGCACAAAUGUUUAUGUGUUGAGAUCUGCAGUAAUUGCAUUUCAAAAACAGGGACAUACCGAACUUGGCUUGACGAGUGAAGCUGAGUGCAGGUGGGAAAUGCAGACCCCUUAAACCUACAACAGAUUUUAACCCUUGGGCAAUGUUCAGAAGUGCUUGCUCUGCCAGAUGAUAGACCUGGCAAUGACACAGCGAAUCCCCACUAAACAUAAUGCAUCUUAGAAUUUCAUCAGAGUAUAAUAAAUACUAAUAAGAAAGAGAAUUAAAUAAAACUAAUAUUAUGUUAACAUAUCUGUAAUUCCAGUAUUGUUUCUUAAAAUGUUGCAGCAUUUUGUAGACAACAUUAUACCAUUCAAAUUGUGAUCUGUAAUUUUUGAUCACACAGAAAAUUUUUGUACACUAAGGUAAAAGGUAGACUAAUAUAUUUGUGUUGUGAGCGAAUUUUUGCUUAUUUAAUGUUAUAUAUUACAAUAUUAAUACAUAUGCUUAAUAAUUAACAUAAUUUACUUUAAGUUAUAGGCCACCAUGAAGAGUGCUACUUGGCAGUUUAUUGUAAAAAGUAAAAUAAAAGAAUACACAUAACAUUUAUUAAAGAGUUAAAAUGGUUUUGUUUUUUCAAAAAAUAAAAAGUGUCUAUACCUUAAAAAUGGUACUUUACAGAAUAAAAAUCUUCUUUACCUGUUAUUUUGUACAAAUAUAUUGAAUCUCUUAAUUACUAUGAUUUACUUUGGUAUUUUCUUUAUUGUUAAUUAUUUUUACCGUAAUAUGUUUAAUAAAAAUGAUUAUGAAUA